CGGAAAGACAUAUAAAUAGACCAAAACUCACCGAUAAAAAUACGUCAGUUUAGUCAGAAUUCAGAAACAUCAGAGAAUCCCACCUCCUAAAACCCAAAACCCAAAAAAUUAUAAAAUAUCUCCGGCGUAUUUCACAUUCAAUUUCAAAUUUUCCGACGGAAUAUUUUUUAGAGAGAGAAAGCGGAGAGAGACAAAAAUGGUGGUACAGAGGAAUAAUGUUAACAACACCAGAAAACAGCAGUCUUUACUCUGUUUUCUUUCUCUCAUUCGUCAUUCUAUGGCUUUGGAAAAGUCGCCGAAAAAGAACGGAUUAUCUAACGCCGUUUCUGGUACUAGUGGUGUUUUUCUUCUCCGUCGUAAUAGUUACCGUUACCGUCAGAUAUUCCGUCACCGCCGUUUGUUUUUUCCGAUUUUGUUUGGUGUUUUGGUUGUCGUUGUUCUAUUCUUGUUUCUCUCUCUUCCUAUCUCCGAUGAUGAUCACCGUCACCGUGUUGAUGAUACAUCCAUUGACGUUCAUAGGAAGAAUGGCGUGGUUGUAAGUAUAGAGCGUGAUCUUUGGAGCACAAGUUCAUCUGGAAUUUACUAUACUUGCAGUAAUGCCAGCAAAAGUUUUAUCUCGGCGGAUGCAAAAACUAAACCUCAUAGAUAUCUGUUAAUUUCGACGAGUGGAGGACUUAAUCAACAAAGAACAGGGAUUAUAGAUGCCGUUGUUGCAGCCUAUAUUUUGAAUGCAACACUUAUUGUUCCCGUUCUGGAUCAGAAAUCUUAUUGGAAGGAUGUAAGUGACUUUGGCGAUAUAUUUGACGUUAAUUGGUUCAUAUCUUUCCUAUCAAACGAUAUCAAAAUUUUAAAGCAGCUACCAUUAAUAGAUGGAAAAGUUAUUACUCCAGUUCGAACACGAGUUCCUAGAAAGUGCAGUCCCAAGUACUACCUGAAGCGGAUCUUACCCCUUCUCAAUAAGAAACAUGCUGUACAGCUGACAAAAUUUGAUUACAGAUUAUCAAAUAACUUGGAUACAGAUUUACAAAAGCUAAGAUGUCGAGUUAAUUACCAUGCUUUGAGGUUCACUGAUCCCAUUGUUGAAAUGGGCAGAAAGCUUGUUGCAAGGAUGAGAACGAGAAGUGACCAUUUUAUUGCCCUGCACCUGAGGUUUGAGCCUGAUAUGCUUGCAUUCUCUGGGUGUGAUUAUGGUGGAGGGGAGAAAGAAAGGGAAGAACUAGGAACUAUACGGAGACAGUGGAAAACUCUGCAUAAAAGCAACCCUGACAAGCAGAGGCGACAGGGGAAAUGUCCCCUCACUCCAGAGGAAGUAGGUCUCAUGUUGAGAGCACUAGGCUACAACAGUGAUGUUCAUAUCUAUGUGGCAUCGGGAGAGGUUUAUGGAGGAGAAGAGACGUUGGCACCUCUUAGGGCGCUCUUCCCGAAUUUUCAUUCCAAAGACACCCUAGCCAGUCAGGAUGAGCUAGCUCCAUUUGCACCAUAUUCUGCAAGGAUGGCUGCUUUAGAUUUCAUUGUCUGUGAUGAAAGCGAUGUUUUUGUCACCAAUAACAAUGGCAACAUGGCCAGAAUUUUAGCUGGAAGAAGGAGGUACUUUGGUCACAAGCCUACUAUUCGUCCAAAUGCCAAAAAAAUUUCACGCCUGUUCUUAAACCAGAACAACAUGACAUGGGAAGAAUUUGCCUAUGGAAUCAGAUCAUCUCAGGUUGGCUUUAUGGGUGAACCAAAUGAGGUAAAGCUAGGAAGGGGCGAGUUCCAUGAAAAUCCAUCAGCCUGCAUAUGUGAAAGUUCCCUUAUGAAUAAUCAGGAGUCUGAUCUUCACUCGAUAGGUUUUGAUAGAAGUGAGACUAGUGAUUAUCAGAAUUUUGAGGAUGAACAAGAUAUGGCUGAUCUAGAAGAUGUUGAUAGUGAAAAUACCCUCCCGGAAAGACUAGAAAUACCUCGCGACAUUAGUAAAGAUCCCCGUGCAAUUCUGACAUCUGAUCAGCCAGAAGAAGAGCUCCUUUCAGAUUAAAUUACUCAAACUACUUUUCUUUCCCAAACAACUUUCAUUUGGACUUGCUCGUUGCCAAUGGACUGUGCUUGUCAUGCAUGGUAUCAGUCAGCCGCAAAAUGUCAACACAACUUGUACAUAAUGGCCUUUGCUGGCUGACACAGAAGCAACUUUCCGGUUUCGAGUUCCCCAUAUCUGUAAAUGUAAGAGUGUUUCAGCCUCGAGAAAAGCUUGUACAUUGAAGGCUGCUGACAAUAUGGAGUGAAAAAAAAUACUGGGUAUAGUUUUCUUUUUCUACCAACCUAAUUAAGUUUAUACUUAAGGGAUUAUACAUUAAGCUAGGCUUUAAUACAUGACACAAAAGCAAGGGAAGGCUACAGUUAUUUGUUCGUUUAGUUUUAUUUUUUAUUGAAAGAUAAAUGUAAAUGUGAAAUUCAGAGAAAUAUAUGUGAUAUAGAAUGACAUUAGAGUUUAGGGUAGGUCUUAUUACAUUACUCUAAGCCUGUUUGUUCGUCAUUUUGUGACUGCAUACUGUUGUUUCUUUAAAAGUAAAACUAUUUUGAUCUUGUUCAGUUUUCGGACAGUAAUGAAACUGGUGUGGAAUGUGGAUUAUGGUUG